AUGCUGGCAUUCACAAAGCUUAUACCGUUUUCACUUUUCUUUUGGAUAAUAACCUCUACCAAUGCUUCAAAAAUCAACAAUGAAGAAGAGGUCACAACAACAGUUGUUGAUAUUCUAUCAGAGAAUGUGGAGUUUUCAAGCUUUCUAAGGCUUCUUCAAAGAAAUCAAUUGAUUCCGUUCUUGAAUGAAGUGGAUAAUAUCACAUUGGUUGCCCCAGUGAAUUCAGCUUUUGUGGCAAAUUGCACUACAAAAGAUUGCAAAACAGUUGUCAAGGAUUUUUCUUUGGAUGAUUUGAAAAGGUAUAUUAUAGAUGUGCCGUUACUUGCCGAUGAUUUCGAUGGUGUUAGAAUAUUGAAAAGCUUUCAUAAAAAAGGUUCACCGGUUCUUGUUGAUCUAGACCAAAAAGAACAUUCUUUUCUCAUAAAUACACUUCAUGUUGUGGAACAAGAUUUAAUUGCUGAUUCACAAGAUUCCGUUGUUCAAGGAAUUGAAAAAUUAUUCGAUGCUCCAAAAUCAACCAUAGAAACCCUGGAAAGAAUACCCAGUGUUUCAAUAUUGCAAAAAUUUCUUCAAAAUAUCUAUGAAAUUGAAAAUCAAACCUUAUUAGUCCCUAGAGAUCAUUCAUUCAAACUCAAGGAUUAUGAAUUGAACUACCUUUACUCAGAUUAUGGAACCACUGAUGCUUUAUAUAUAAUCAAUUCUCUAAUACUCAAUGGAACAUACGGUGGUGAUAUCAAUGAAAAUAUCGUGGAUAAUAAUGGAUUUGAAAUGUCAAUUACAUCAAAGGAUAAAGGUGCUCAUAUUUCCAUAAAUGAUUCAAUCAUAUCUGACCAAUCAAAUAUUCUGUCAGAAAGCUCAAUAAUCCAUAUCUUUGAUGAUAACUCAUUGAUACCCAAGAUUGAGUUCAACCCUUUAAAAGUCAUGAUUGGUUUGAACUCUUCCCAGCUUGUUGAUGAAUUGCUUUUACAAAAAUUAUCAAGCUUAAUCACCAACAAUUCAAUUUCACAAACAAUAUUCAUACCCACAGAUCCAAAUCAAUUUGCAAUAGCUUCAAAAAACUCAAACUUAUAUCAUUUCGUUGAUGAAAAAAUUAAGAAUUUGACAAGUUCAAAAACUCUAUACAAUUCAAAGUUUUGUAACUCAAAAAAAUUAGGUCAACAAUGUCAAAGAAUUAAAGUUGAAGAAAAUGACAAGAAUCAGAUAUUAUUAAACGAUAAUAUAAUUGUUGAAAAAGGCCCAUUUAAAGUAGGUGAAACAUUGAUUUAUUUAACAGAUGAAGAUUUGAGAACACCAAAUGAGAUUUCAUCUUCAAUUAGAUCAGUUUUACAUUGCUCCACCUCUUUGAAAAUGAUGCAAAAAUCUGGUCUAUUGAAACUUUCAAACAAUGGUUUAGGUUAUACUUUUUUCCUACCUUGUUAUGAUGCCUGGGAUGACUUUGAAUUAACAAUGAAUUAUUUCGAAACAAAUAAAACUGCACUGGAUGAGUUGAUGAAAAACUUCGUUUUGAAUGGACUAAUUUAUACUGAUUUGAAAACUGAAAAGACUGAGCUAUCUAACAUGAAUGGUGAAAAAGUAUUGAUAACAAAUAAAAACAAGAACAAUGAUGACGAAAAAUUGAGUUUGAAGUAUAAUAAUAUUGAUAUCUGUUUGACCAAAAAUGAUGAUAUACUAUUCAAUCAAGGUGUUGUUCAUCCAAUAGAGACUCUUUUUUUCCCUGAAAACGCUGAUAUUUCACUUCAAAAAAUCAUUAGUUCAUCUGAUUCUGAAUUGUUUUUAAAAUUUGCAAGUUUUUUCCCAGAAAUUGAAAGUGCAUUAAAUUUGAAAAAUUAUUCAAUUUUAUUACCUUCUCAGGCUUCCUUAGAGAAAAUUGGCUCUUUUGACUCAAAUACAACUUUGGAAAAGUUUUUGAAACUUCAUAUAAUUCACCCGUCAUCCUUGAAGAGUUUAUAUGAUUGUUCAUCUGGUUCAGGUAUACAAACUCUAGCUGAAAACAUCAAUUUAACUUGCUCAAAAAUAUCAGGCCAUCGUGAUACCUUUCUUCAAAUAGAUGGUGGUGCAGAUAACGGUGUCAGAAUUUUGAGCCGCGGUUGUACCGAUAGUGAAAGCUAUAAUUGUGUCUUUGCAAUUGAUAGACCAAUUUCUCUUUCUUGGUUGGAUAACCAUCAACAUUAUCAUCUAAAUUUACCAGGUGUUGCUUUGGCUAUUGGGGUGAUGAUGGGUAUUGUUGUUAUGAUUUUCGUUUUCGUUUGUUUAAUGCUUUUCGUUGCAAGAAAAAAGAAGAGUUUUAUGACAGGUGUUGAACAAGGGGACGCUAAUAACAACGAAUCAACUGAAAAUGAUCCACUCUUAGCAGAUCAAAAUGGAGUCCAGUAUACAAGCAAUGACGAGGAAAGAAAUGGGCGGACAAACUUUGAAAACCAAUAUUCAAAUACGUUUGUUAAUCCAAUAUCUGUCAGCUCCAAAAGGUCAAAUCAAAAUAAUGUUCAAAUUGGAUGA